AUGGCUUAGUAGAAAGGGAAGAAUAAAAUAAAUCAUAGACAGCGGUAGGGAGAUUGGAUUUGUGGUAGCUGCAAUAAUAUGAAUUUUGCAUUUAGAGACACUUGCAAUAGAUGCCAUACGUUGAAGAAUUAUAAAGAUAAUGAAAAUAAGGGAUUCAAAUCUGCUUUGUUUUUGACAGAGAGCAAUGGUGAUAUUCCACCAAUAUCUGAUAGAUCUAAUAAAUCUUCUGGGGAGAAAAAAGAUAAUGGCAACAAUAAGUUCUCAUUUGAUAAAUUACCAUCGAUGGAACCAAUCUUGAAAUAGAUCACAAAAGAAACAUGUAAAAAACAAUUAAAUUAGAAGAACAAAAAUAUGAUUUAUUUGAGUUUGAAUGGUAGUGCUAAAAAUGCGAAAAGAUUAAUUAAUACUAUAAAAUUCACUGUGCUGAAUGCGGAGCUCAAAGGUACAGAAAAUUAACAGUAUGAUUUUAUAACCUAAAUGGGGGUUUUUUUUGAUAAAAAUGCUUUAAAUUCUCUUCUUUUUAAUCUCAAUUUUAGAAGGGGGUUAAACAAAGAUAAAACAAUAUAAUAAAUAAAUUAUUUUUUACUUUAUUAAUAAAAUCUAACUGUUAAGAUAAUGAAAGACAUGUCCAAGAAGAUCUUUGAAAAAGAGAAUUAAGCUGAGGUCUCCAAUAACCCUAGGCAUUAGAAUAAAUCACUAACCCAAUUGGUUUCACUAUCCUUGAUUGGUGGAAAUAGAAAAAAUGACUUGAAAGCUCUAGAACUUAAAAACAAUUACACCUCUAUUUCCUCUCAUCCCCUCGUGUUCUGUAAACCAGAAACUAAACUAAAAACCCAAACCACUUCCUCUCCAUAAAAAUAAUCCCCUGUAAAGCCCAAAUAAGUGGAAACACAAUCAAAUGAGUUGUGUAAGUUGAUCAACAACUAUUCAGAACCCAUUCUAGAUUAUUAUUUGGAAUUGAACACUCUAACACCAAAGAAUUGCUUAUCCAAUCACACAGUAAGUGCAAAUCUGAGAGCAAAGAUGAUUGAUUGGAUGGUUGAAGUACUCACUUCAUAUAAGUGCAAAGAUUAAACCUUCUUUUUAGCUGUCAAAUUGAUGGACUCCUAUCUAUCUAAAACAACUUAAAAGCAUAUCCCUCAAGAUUUACAUUUAGUUGGUGUGACUACUAUGUUUAUGGCUUGUAAAUUCGAGGAAAUCUAUCCAGUGAAAUUAUAAAUUGUACACGAGAAGAUUGCACACAAGAAACUAACCAAGGAUGAAAUUAAAGACAAAGAAACCAAUAUUUUAAGCACUCUAGACUUUAAUUUAGUUGGCAUUACUGUACUAGAUGUCAUUACAAUUGUACUCUCCAUAUUGAAUAUGAAUCAAUAGUUAUAUUAAAUAACACUGUAUCUUGCUAAAUUAGCACUUUAUGACUAUGAAUUUGUCAACAGUCACACUUAUGCUCAAAUUGCCUGUGCUGCUUUGAUUGUGAGACUCUAAGAUUGUAGAGCAAAUUGAUUAAUCGCUUUCAUCCGAGGUAGUAAUACCAUUGAUAGUUUCAACUUUGAAAAUGGACAACGCUGAUGCCAUGGAAUCAGCCAAUAAAUUAUUGAGUGUAGCCAAAGGAUUUGAAAAGCAGUAUCCGAAUCUGGAAAAUUUAAAGAAAUUUAGUAAAUUUC